CUGUGCUCGAGUCGGAAUCGAAGAACAAUGGAUAAUAACCAACGUGGGGCUUCUAACGACCACAACAAUGGCUUCUGUCAUCAAAUUUUCACCUUCUCUGAGAAUUCCGUUGAUAUUGUAAGCAAUCACCGAAUGUUUGCCCUGCUAGAGGAUAUUUUCAAUGGCUCUGAUUCUGAUUCUUCUGAUGAUGAUAUCUACCCUACUUACGAGGAAGAGAUGGAACGCGUUGCUGAGAAUUACUGGAACGAUCAGUUCAUAGUCAAUGAAGGAUUUUAUGACGACAACUAUUUCGAUGCCGAGGAUGUCUUAGCGCAUGAAAUGGACUUCAUGGAUCUGCAUUAUGAAAGUGACACAUACGAUGAACUAUAA